AUGGCACAGACAGCUGGAGCUUCAGAGCUUUGGAACGCAACUGACGAGUGCCCCCCCCCCCCCCCCCCCUCCCCACCCCUGGCCACGCGGCUUCCUAGUGCGUUACGGCCCGCAGAAGACGACGCCCAGACCGGUCUCAAAGCUCUUCGCGCUCUGCCCAGCAUAUCCACAAACCCCAUGGGUCUGCUAUCUCGUCCUCCCCAUAUCUUCAUCCCAUCUUCACUCCUCGUCGGGCCUAGACCCAGCUUCCACCAGGCUACGCCGAGAGGUUGGUUCCCCGUCUCUCUCGGCCAUUCUCUCUAUUACGCCGUAGUGCUCAUGGCUGCACUAACCGACGCUCUCUAA